GGGUGGGCAACAUGGUCACGUGGGGAAAGGAAAGGGCUGGGCAGGAGGAAGAGGAAUCGUCGGCCCUCCUCACGCUGACGCUUCUCCUCUCUCCCUCCCCUCCACGGCCUCGAUCCAACUUCCUGAUCCGGAGAUCUUAUUCGUGUCAACCCUGACCGUUCGGGACCAUGGAGCCGUCGGCGCCUCAUCAAUUUAACAUCUUCCAGGCCUUCUCCGCGUACUCCGACAUCAUGUCAAAGGCACACCUUUCAGGAGCAAAGGAAAGGUUAGCUAUAUUGUCAAGAUCACUGGAUUCUAGUGGGCCAACAAGGGAUAUGCUGAUCAACCAGAUCUGCAAUCUUAUGUGCUGUCUAGAUUUAUCUGUUGGUUCCCAUCAGUUCAAUUUGCUUUAUGAAUUUGUCUUCUUCAUUUGUCGUGAAAAUGGGCAGAAGAGUAUCUCUGUAAAUAGGGCCUUAGCAGGAUGGAGGUUAGUUUUGAAUGGAAGGUUUCGCUUGCUGGACGAAUGGUGUAAUUUUGUUGGGAUGCACCAACGACACAAUAUAUUGGAAGAUACUUGGCAACAGGUCUUAGCCUUCAGCCGCUAUGUGAAUGAAGAUCUUGAAGGCUAUGAUCCAACAGGUAGUGCUUGGCCUGUGCUUAUUGAUGAAUUUGUUGAGCACAUAUACAGAAUCAACAAAUCAAAUGAUUGCAGCUCUAAAGAUUCUACUUCUGCCGAUACAAAUCAGCAGCCUUGCAUCUCCAACACAUUUAGUGGAUUGAAUUUGCACCCUGGAUCCAAGAGGAAAUCAAAAUAUUUGGAAGUUUCGGAAAUGUCAGACAAUCUUGCAAGAUUCAAGCGAUUAAAGCAGACCUCCUUUAACAAUAACCUCGGACAUCUUGAAUCUGAUUCAUCUGUUAGUCUGAUUGGCGGUACAUCAGGCAACCAAGAUGGCAUGAACAAGCACACUACACAUAAUUGUCUCCAUACUUCCCCUUGUGCUGUGGAGGAUAGCCUGUUCAAAGGUUCAACACGAUCCAUUCCUUCGGGCUGCUGUUUUAAUUUCGAUCCGAAAGCAAGGAUUUACACAUGAUAUCAAUUUCUCAGUUGAAGCAUAUAGUCUCAUGAUUGGAUUUUAGCUUUAAUUAUAACAUUGUAUCGUGGUGCUAGUAUGUUCUUUUGUAAUGUGGUGUUGCUGCAAUAGUCUCAUGAAGCAAUAUUUGCAUCUGGUGUUGCUGCAAUAGUAUGCUCUUUUGUAUGAUAUUCUAUUUGUUUGCCAGUUUACUUGGGUGUCAUCAGAUCUUUGCAUUGUAAUCCAUAUCUACAGAUAGAAUUUGAAGUUUGAACUGCACUUUUGCAAA